UUUCAAACUCCAAUUAGUAACGAACGCAAGAAAUAAAAACCAAAACUCAAAAUUACAAAAACCAAACAAUAACAUGAGAUGUCUAAAUCGUUUGUUUCUAUAUAUAUAAUCUGAACCAAAACUACAAUUAUAAAAAAGAAAAGCUCUCUAUCCAUCACUUGUUCCAAGCAUGGAGGUGAACGCUCGAGAAGAACAUCCUUACAAUGAUCCGUCUGCUUGGUUUGUCCGUUACCUUGACCACCAAGGUGAUUGGCUUGAAAAAACCAGAGGAAACCUUGUCGUUGCAGCAACCGUCAUAGCUGCAAUGAGCUUUGGGGUAAUGGUGAACCCUCCAGGCGGCGUGCGGCAAAGUGAAGACUGUUCCCCCAAAGGUCAAACCGUUCAAACCAGAACUUGUGAGGGGAAGGUUGGAACUUCGAUACUAGAGCACCAUCCUACAAAGCGUUUCUUCUAUCUUGGUAUGGUAAUAAGCAAUUUGGUGUCGUUUUCCGCAUCAAUGGGUAUCAUUCUCCUCGUCAUCACUGGCUUCCGAUUCAGGAACCGGUUAAUAAUGACGAUCAUGGUCAUGUUUAUGGUGGUGGCGGUUCUAUGUAUAUCAGCAGCCUUCUUCUUUGCUGCGGCGUUGGUUCAACACGAUGAUGACUUCAUCCAGAAUAUACUUCAGAUUUAUGUGGGAUUUUGGGUUGUGCUUCCUGUUUUAAUACUCCUUAUCCAACUAGUGCGGUUUUUAUGGUGGGUUAUAAGGUUAAUAUGUUGUGGUUCGGGACUUCGACGACGGUCUACUCCACGGUUGCUGCCUUUGGCUCUGCCACCUGUCCCUUGAAGAAGAGGAUGACUCAUGGCUCGAACCGACGUGUUAAAUGGAAAUACUGAUCAGCAAUGUGAUAAGUAGAAUAAAGCUCUCCCAUGUUGAUCAUUUUAAAAAGAUUUUAUUGUUUACGUCGUCCCUAGCUCUCAAUGGGCCUAAUGUAAGACUUUAAAAUGUGUCCCUUAUUUACUGAAAAAGAUAUUAUACUAGAAACUAUCUAAAUAAAUGUGAAUUCCUUAU